GUGAAGAGGACCUCCUGCUGAUAAUGAAACUUCGCUUUGUAGAAUCUUUCCUGCAGUCUAAGAAGGCUUUGUAGGUUUUGCUGAACUCCUGUGUGCUACCCCGGGCUGCGUUGGAGGGUGAGGCCCAGCGGGGCUUCCCCGCCGAGGUUUCCCGGAGGCUCCGGCGGCUCCAGGCUCCCGGAGCCGGGCAGGGGCUGCCCCGGGCAGCCGGGGAUGUGGCGCUGUCACCGCGCUCUGGGCACGCCGGGCUUUCUGUCCGAGUCCCCGGGCACCACGCACACCGGGCACCGCUCCGCUUUCAGGAACCAGCCGCCACAUGCUCCAUUUCGGUGGCCCGGGGGAAUUCGCCUGGCGGGGCCUUUCCUCGGGCAGCUCCCCGUGCCCGCGGCCGGGACAGCGCCGCUGCCCCGAGCAGGGGAAGCUCCGCUCCCGCCAGCCCCGGGGCGCGGCUCGGGCUCCCCGCUCCUCCCGGCCGGAGCGAGGCAGCAUCGCCGGCAGCCAGCCCAGCCCCCGGCCACGGCCCGGGUACCGCGGUGAGAGGCCCGGUACCGCGGUGAGCAGCCCGGUACCCCGGUGAGCAGCCCCGGUACCGCGGUGAGAGGCCCGGUACCUGCGGUGAGCGGCCCCGGUAACUGAGUUGAGAGGCCCGGUACCCGCGGUGAGCGCCCGCCCAGAGCUCGCUGCAGAUGGCUGAGAGCAGCCCCAGGAGCCUGCAGGACCCCCCCAGCUCUGCCCCUGAUGAGAACGAGUUCCCCUUCGGGUACCCCACCAGCAUCUGCGAGGACGUGCCCGGGCAGAAGUUCCUGUGCAGCAACUGCCACAACAUCCUGAAGAAAGCCCUGCAGACUCUGUGUGGGCACAGGUACUGCUCUGCCUGCCUCACCUGGAUCGUCAGAAACAAUAAAAAUGCAAUUUGCCAGAAAUGUAAAGAGGAAGAUCCCAACACUUUAGGUGAGGAAAGCCUACUGGCAGAAGAAAGGGCUUUUGGUGAUGCUGCCAUUAAUAAAGAGAUUUCUGAGCUCAGAGUCCACUGUGUGACCCUCGGGUGCAGCUGGUCUGGUAUCAUGAGAGAUUUUGAAGAGCAUCAGAGUUUAUGUGAAUAUGCUUUGAUCCCUUGUCACACUGGCUGUGGGCACGUGGUGAUGAGGAGGAAGCUGGCAGAUCACUUGGAAAAUGGAUGUGUCAAUAAUGUGACAGUGUGUCAGCAGUGCCAGAGCAGCCUGGCCAGCUCUGAGUGCCAGGAGCAUUCAUGUGAAGGCAGUUUAUGCAAGGAACAAAAACCUGUGCAAACAGAAACGGCAUCAAAGGAAAAGCAGAGCCACUGUACAUCCUCAGCCAGCAAGGAUGGCUGUUGUUUUUCUGAAGUUGGCUGUGCAUUUAGGGGCAGCAAAGAGAAGAUCCAGGAGCACGAAAAAGCCGCGGUGGGGACCCACAUGCUGCUCCUGCUGCAGCACAUGAGGCAGCUGCAGGGAGCCCUGUGCUCCAAGGGCUUCUCCCCACGGCCAGAGCUGAGCUUGAAGAGUGCAGGGAAAAGCAUCUGUGAGCUGCAGAUCCCAGCAGGGCUGGGGCUCAGCAGGGAUCCAGAGCUGGACUGUUUCCCUGGCCCUGAGGAUGAGUCUGUCCUGCAGCAGCUGGUGAGGGAGAAGGUGAUUUCUGAGCUGGAAAAUAAGCUGCACGUGUUUGAGAACAUUGUGGCAGUGCUCAACAAGGAGGUGGAGAGCUCCAAUUUGGAAAUCCUGGCCUUCAGGAGACAGAGUGAACUGGACCAGAACAUAAUACGGGGCCUUGAGCUGAAGAUUGCAGAGCUGCACCAGUGCCUGAUGCAGAAGGAUGCAGGCCUGAGCAGCCUGCACAAGAGCCUGCUGUUCUCUGAGCAAGCCUCCUACGAUGGCAUCUUCCUCUGGAAAAUCACCGAGGUUGGCAGGAAGCUCCAGGACUCUGUGACUGGCAGGACAGUCAGUUUGUACUCCCCAGCUUUCUACACUGCAAAAUAUGGCUACAAGGUGUGUCUGAGGGUGUACCUGAAUGGGGAUGGGACAGGGAAAGGAACCCACAUGUCCCUGUUCUUCGUGGUCAUGAAAGGCGACUACGACGCUCUGCUCCCGUGGCCCUUCAGGCACAAGGUGACAUUUAUGUUGCUUGACCAGAAUAACAGGGAGCACAUAAUCGAUGCCUUUCGCCCAGACCUGACUUCUGCUUCCUUCCAGAGGCCAGUGAAUGAGAUGAAUGUGGCCAGUGGCUGCCCCCUGUUCCUGCCCUUGGCCAAGCUGCAGUCCCCCAAACACGCCUACGUGAGGGAGGACACGCUUUUCCUGAAGUGCAUCAUAGAGACAAAUUAGCAGGUCCAGAGGUGUGGCUGGCUGGGGAGGUCACCUCUGAAUGACAUCAGAUUGUGAGGAAAAACCCCUCAGUGUGAGACCUUGUGUUAGUUUGUGUGUACACAAAGCCCCAGAGCCUGAGCCUGCAGCCCCUGAACCCAGUGCCAUGCCCUGGAGAUGGCCCAGGGCAGCAGCUGCUGGCAGGGGAUUGCUCACCAAAGCAGCCAGUUCUCAUGGGGGAGGUGUCACUCAGGGGGGAGGUGUCACUCAUGUCACUCGUGGUCUAGGUGUCACUCAUGGUCUAGGUGUCACUCAAGGGUUAGGUGUCACUGAUGGUCUAGGUGUCACUCAUGGUCUAGGUGUCACUCAUGGUCUAGGUGUCACUCAUGUCACUUAUGGAUUAGGUGUCACUCAUGUCACUCAAGGGUUAGGUGUCACUCAUGGCUUAGGUGGCACUGUCACCCCUGCCCCACGCUGCUGCAGAAGGGGCUGUUCCUCCUCCCUGGCUCUGUGGUUCUGGGCAGGGGCUGGGGCUGAAUUCCCUGAAUUCCCAGGUCUGUGGGUCCUGGCAGUGCCCAGCGGGUGCAGCUCCUUUCCCAGAGCUCUGGGUGAGCCCCAGGGAGGGAUUUUGGCUGCUCCCCAGCAGGACCAAGGGCAGGUUCCUCCCUCCAGCCCAGGUCAGGUGUCUCUGUGCUUCCCCAGGACCUUGGAAGCCAGAGCUUUGACCCUGCUGUGGGCCCUUACCCCCAGGAUUUAUUUCUUGCAGGUGAUUCCAGAUCUCGGUUUCUGUGCUCUGGAAGGGGAUGUUGAGUUGCAUCGGCAGGCAGGGACCAGGUUGCACUGUGCCUGGGGGAGUUACCUCUGGGAUUUCCAGAGGAGCUCUGGGGCUUUCCCACUGUGGAUACAGAGCUCUGCCCCAGGCAGGGUGAGGCCCUCAGUGAGCUGCUUUAGUGUCCAGUCACUUCCUGCACCUUCAAGGCAGGUGACUUAUUAGAAAUUAUUGAUUUUUUUUUUUUUUUUUUUUUCUUAAUGUGCUCUGAUGUUUCAGGUUUUUUGCACGCUAAAAUAACAAGUAACUGCUAGAAAUGGUUUUAUUCUUCUUGGGUUUCCUAAUAGAGGGAAGGAAUGAAUAAUUUUUUUAUAAGCAAGACAAACUUGGGGCUGUGUGGAUGCGUACAAAAUCUUUCAGUUCUGUCUUGGCAACAGCCUUUAAAAUAAUUAGUUGUGAUAAAGCAUCACAUUUCAAAAACAUCCAUCCCAUAAACAAAUAUUUAUCAAAGUUUGUUUGGGAAGGAACUGGAUAUUCUGUGUCUUUUCCUCUAUUCCACCUUUCAAAUGUUCUUUCAGGGACAGAGCACUGGAGUAAUUUACCUAAACAGAUCAUGCUUUUCCUCUCUGCAUCACUUUGACAAGUGCUGUAUUUAUUACAAUCAUUCAUAUUUU